AUGGUUGCAUCUUCAGUUCCAACGCGGGUCUACUAUAUAGCCAAUUCGAAAAAAGGCAUAAGAAAAGAUUCCAGCAAGAAACGUCAUGAAACCGACGAUUCAACCACGAACCCAACAUGCGCGUCACAGGUCGACCAAAACAAGCGAUGUUUUGUUAUGGAUAUGGUGCCCCAAGAGGCAGAGGACUUGGAAGUUGGCACGGUGGAUAUCAUUUCCGAACUAGUGCAAACAUACCUGACAGAGAUGCUGUGUUCGCUAGGGAAUGACAAUUUCCAAUUCCCGGGAGAAAUUGUGAUUGACAUCCAGUUGCAGCACAACGAAUAUAUGGAUUGUGCUUUCCUCGUGUCGGGGUAUGAAGUGACAUCAAUGUACGGAGACGUGCUAUUCGGUAGUAUCGAAAUCUAUGCUCUUUCCGGGAAUCCCCAAGACAUUCUUCAGGUCCUGCUGCAGAUGGAAAUGCCUUCUUUCAAUCUCAAGUUCGUCGACCAGAAAUACAUCGCUGAAGUGAAAGACUUUUUGUCCACCAAUCCUCAUCUUCGCAAACUACGCAUCGGUGAUCACUACUUGGAGAACGAUCAACACUUGGUCCUUGAUGUAGUGAAAUCUUCGAGAUCACUGUCCACCCUCCAGUUCGGAGGUGUUUCUUUUCCACCCAAGGAGAUAGGAAUGAAUCAAACUUUCAACGACUACAUGCGGCAAAUAUGCGAAAGCAAAUCUAUGAAAAAGCUCGACUUCGUCGAAAUCGCAGAUCUCUCUCAAGACCACAUCGACUGUCUAACAGAAUGUCUCCUGGAGAAAUCACCAUCCAACCUUAACGCUAUUGAUUUAUCGGCAGGAUAUGGAAGUAAACAUUUGACAGUCAAUAUUGCGAAACUAGCAGGAGUCUUGAGACACAUUGAUACCUUCGAGGAAUUGAUCAUUUGUCAUAGAAUAUUGUCUGGCUAUGAUUCCAUCUUUGAGUGCGCAAACCUUCUGAAGCGAAGCUCGUGUCUGAAAAAGCUUGAUUUGUCUGCAAGCGGAGGCAAGCGCCUAAUCGACCCUGAUGCAUGGACUUGUAUCGGCGAAGCCUUGCCUGAAACAUGCUCGCUGCAGUAUCUCGACGUAUCGUUCCAUCGAAUAAGUGAAUCAUCAUGGAGGGCUUUGGGCGAAGGGCUGAAAGUAAAUACUAGCUUGUUGACAUUGAAAGCAGGGAAAUCUUACGAUCGAGGAGGAAACAAGGAAAUCAAUAUUCUCUUGCCAGUGUUUGAAGCCUUGCACGAGAAUAUAACAUUGCAGUCACUUCAUCUAAAUGGAUACGAUCUGAGCGAUUCUAUCUCAGCCCUGGAGGUGCUGGAGUCGGCUUUGAUACAAAACACAGCCUUGAAGUCGCUGCAGCUAAAAGAUUCAUCGAUGUCUGAUGAGGGUGUCGCGAUCUUGAGCCGCAGUCUUCCCAAGAUGAAGAGCAUCAGGAAGUUGGAUCUGCAAUAUCACGGAUUUUCGUUGGAUGGCGCUCAAGCACUUGUGCUGGGUAUCAAAUACAAUUACAGUCUACUGUCCGUUGCGGCUGGCACGAAAGCGCGCUUGGGAUAUAGUUGUGGAUAUGUACCUCCAAUCGCAGCGGAAGGCUUUGCGAAAGAAUAUCACGAGAUUCAGUACUACGCUCGAAUGAAUCGAAAGGGACGGCGAUGCAUUUGGGGCGAGACUCCCAUCCAACCUUCAUUAUGGCCAUCGGUUCUUGCCAAUGCCAUGAAUAAGGAGGAUCCACCUGGGGGUCCUUUAGUCAAUGGUGAUGUACGAAAUAAGGAUUUGUUUGCCGGCAACCAUGAUACGUCGAUCGACGUCGUUUUCUUUUUGCUUCGAAAUGUGAUGAGAUUUGAGGCGCACCAAUAA